AUGGGUUAUUUAAUUGCUUUCUCAACUUAUUUUCUUGUUCUUCUAUUUGUUUCCAUUAAUGGAAAACCUCUAGUGCCUGCAUUGUUUUUCUUUGGAGAUUCUGUUCUUGAUGUUGGCAACAAUAACAAUUUACCUACUAUUAUUCAGGAACACUUACCUUGUGGAAAAGACUUUGUAAAUCACUACCCAACCGGAAGAUUUUCUAAUGGAAAGCUUGUUGUCGACUUCGCAUCUGAAAGUUUGGGAUUUAGCACUUACCAACCUGCUUACCUGAGCUUAUAUUUCAAAGGAAAGAACAUCUUGAAUGGUGCCAACUUUGCCUCAUCUGUUUCUGGUUACCAUAACUCAACGGCCAAACUAUUCGGCACACUUACAUUGGGCCAACAAUUGGAAUUCUAUAAAGAUUACCAAAAACAAUUAAUGAGAAUUGCUGGGAGAUUAAAUGCAUCAUCAAUUAUAUCUGGUGGUAUAUAUAUUGUUGGUGCUGGGAGUGUUGAUUUUUUGAUGAACUAUUACAUAAAUCCAUGUCUUAACAAGUUUUAUAUUCCUCAUCAAUUCGUAGACAUUCUUGUUCAAAACUAUGCCGAUUUCAUUCAGAAUUUAUAUGCACUGGGAGCAAGGAGGAUUGGUGUAGUGACAUUAACCGCAAUUGGUUGCUUCCCAACAUCCAUCAAUAUCUUUGGAUCUCCCGAUGACGACAAGUGUGUAGUUGAAAUGAACAAUGUUGCGGUUUAUUUUAAUCAAAAGCUCUUCUUAAAAUCUGUCAACUUGCGAACAAUGCUUCCAGGCCUCAAUCUGGUCCCCCUUGAUAGCUAUCAACCUCUCUAUAACCUAGCAACUAAACCAUCUGAAUAUGGUACACAAUUUAAUAUGAUAAUUAAGCAUAAUGAGCUAAUUUUGUAUAUUACACUUAAUUGCAAUUUUGAUCCCUUAAAAACAACAACCGGAUAA